AUGCCCAGUACAGACCUAAUGUCGUUGAAGGCCUUUGAGCCCUACUUCGAGAUUUUGGAAGUAUAUUCCACAAAGGCCAAGAACUACGUGAACGGCCACUGCACCAAAUACGAGCCCUGGCAGCUGAUUGCAUGGAGUGUUGCGUGGACUCUGCUGAUAGUCUGGGUCUAUGAGUUUGUCUUCCAGCCAGAGAGUUUAUGGUCAAGGUUUAAGAAGAGAUGUUUUAAGCUUAUCCGGAAGAUGCCUAUCAUUGGUCGUCAGAUCCAAGAUAAGUUGAACAAGACCAAGGAAGAUAUUAGCAAGAACAUGUCAUUCCUGAAAGUGGACCAAGAUUACGUGAAAGCCCUGCCCUCUCAAGGUCUGAGCCCGGCUGCAGUUCUAGAGAAGCUCAAAGAAUACAGCUCUAAGGAUGUCUUGUGGCAAGAGGGGAAAGCCUCCGGAGCAGUGUAUAGCGGGGAGGAGGAGCUCACCAACCUCCUCGUGAAGGCUUAUGGAGAUUUUGCAUGGAGUAAUCCACUGCAUCCAGAUAUCUUCCCCGGACUCCGGAAGAUAGAGGCAGAGAUUGUGAGGAUGGCUUGUUCCCUAUUCAAUGGGGGACCAGAUUCCUGUGGAUGUGUGACCUCUGGGGGCACAGAAAGUAUUUUGAUGGCCUGCAAAGCUUAUCGGGAACUGGCCUUCGAGAAUGGGAUCAAAACUCCAGAAAUCGUAGCCCCCCAGAGUGCCCACGCUGCAUUUGACAAAGCCGCCAGUUACUUUGGGAUGAAGAUUAUACGGGUUCCCCUGAACAAAAUGAUGGAGGUGGAUGUUCGGGCGAUGCGCAGAGCCAUCUCUAGGAAUACGGCCAUGCUCGUCUGUUCUGCCCCACAGUUCCCUCAUGGUGUGAUAGACCCCAUCCCUGAAGUGGCCAAGCUGGCUGUCAAAUACAAAAUACCUCUUCACGUGGACGCUUGUCUGGGGGGCUUCCUCAUCGUCUUUAUGGAGAAAGCGGGAUACCCGCUGGAGCAGCCAUUUGAUUUCCGGGUGAAAGGCGUGACCAGCAUUUCAGCUGAUACUCAUAAGUAUGGCUAUGCCCCCAAGGGCUCUUCAGUGGUCUUAUACUCUGACAAGAAGUACAGGCGCUAUCAGUUCUUCGUUGCCACAGACUGGCAGGGCGGCAUCUACGCUUCCCCAACCAUUGCGGGCUCACGGCCUGGUGGCAUUAGCGCAGCCUGUUGGGCCUCCUUGAUGUACUUCGGUGAGAAUGGCUACGUUGAAGCUACCAAACAGAUCAUCAAAACCACUCGCUUCCUCAAGUCAGAACUAGAAAAUAUCAAAGGCAUCUUUGUCUUUGGGAAUCCUCAGUUGUCAGUCAUCGCUCUGGGCUCUCGUGAUUUUGAUAUCUAUCGACUAUUCAACCUGAUGAAUGCCAAGGGCUGGAACUUGAAUCAGUUGCAGUUCCCACCCAGCCUCCAUUUCUGCAUCACGCUGGUACAUACCCGCAAGCGGGUAGCCAUUCAGUUCCUGAAGGACAUCCGGGAGUCCGUCACUCAGAUCAUGAAGAACCCAAGAGCAAAGACCACAGGAAUGGGUGCGAUCUAUGGCAUGGCCCAGGCUACCGUCGACAGGAACCUGGUGGCGGAGUUGUCCUCUGUCUUCUUGGACAGCCUUUUCAGUACAGACACUGUAACUCAGGGCAGCCAGAUGAAUGGCUCUCCGAAACCCCGCUGA